GCGAUCAAAAGAAACCAACCCUCAUCACUCACCUCAGUCAUUCGUUUCGGGGCAACGAUCGAAGCCCAAGUCCAGUCGCUACUAUACUCAGUUCACUUUCAUUGCCACUUUUUCCAAAAUGCAGUUCAAGAUUUUUGCUGUUGCUACCGCUCUCGUAGCAGCCGUCUCCGCCGCUCCAGCAACAAUCGAAGCUCGUGAGGCUUAUGGCUCGGUGACUCCAACACCUCCACCACCCCCUCCUUCAGCCACAUGUGACGAUGCAUAUGACAAAUGUAUCGGUGCUGGUAUCGGCGCCUAUGUUGCUUGGUUCAAUGCCAAUGAACAGUCGUACGGCUGUUAUAGCGGAGACGACUUGAAGUCUCAUGGUUCGGAGUCCGUCAUCAGCGUUACCCACGGUGCCGCGUUCUGCUGCAGCAACAACCCUUGGUUGGUAUUCGGUUUUGACUUCGACCUCUUCGGCAUAGUAGACAUCGAGAAGAAGAUCUCUCUCGGCAAGGUUUGCAAGCCCAUCUUCUGGUGAGCAUAGUUUGGCUGCCGCUGGGAUGCUAGCAUGGAACGGGGUAUGAGAGAAAUUUAUAUUCGCACAACAAGAAACACUUCUAU